AGCUCACAGUUAUUGUGGUGGGGAAAGGGGGGUUGGAUUGGUGGACGUCACAACUUGAGUUUUAUCUCCCCUGGUUGCAGGGACUCCAGUAGUUCCUGGGCUACUUAACAGCAAGACAUUCCAUAGUUGCUGCAGUUCUGACCUAACCUUAGCAGUGGCUGGGGAGCAUGACUUAGGAACCUGCACAGGCUGAGCACCAUAGUGAAGCUGUUUCCCAAGAGCUUUGGGGGCACACACAGUCCCUGGAUUGCAGAGAAAGAUGAUUCUUACCCGACUUUUGACGGUGCUGCUUACACUGGUCUUAGCCUUGCCAGGCACCCUUUGCACAGAUGGGAUUGGUGGUGGACUGUUCCCAGCUCGAUGCAGCCUCUUUGGACAAGACUUCAUCAAUACCUUUGACGAAAGCAUGUACAGCUUUGCGGGAGACUGCAGUUACCUCCUGGCUGGGGACUGCCAGAAGCAUUCCUUCUUGAUUCUGGGGGACUUCCAAAAUGGCAAGAGAAUGAGCCUCUCUGUAUAUCUUGGGGAAUAUUUUGACAUCCAUGUGUUUGUCAAUGGUUCUGUGAUGCAAAGGGACCAAAGCGUCGCCAUGCCAUAUGCCUCCAAUGGACUGUAUCUGGAAACUGAGGCUGGGUACUACAAGCUGUCCAGUGAGGCCUAUGGCUUUGUAGCCAGAAUUGAUGCCAGUGGCAACUUCCAAGUCUUGCUGUCCGAUCGAUACUUCAACCAGACUUGUGGACUGUGUGGUAACUUCAACAGAUUCGCUGAAGAUGACUUCGUGACUCAGGAAGGGACCCUGACUUCAGACCCCUAUGACUUUGCCAACUCCUGGGCUAUGAGCAGUGGAGAACAGCGGUGCACACGGGCAUCCAUUCCCAUCAGCCCCUGUAACAUCUCCUCCGGGGAAAUGCAGAAGGGCCUGUGGGAGCAGUGUCAGCUUCUGAAGAAGGCCUCUGCGUUCACCCGCUGCCACCCGUCUGUGGAUCCCGAGCCUUUCGUGGCCCUGUGCGAGAACAGCCUAUGCACGUGCACGCAAGGCAGCGAUUGCCCCUGCUCUGCACUCCUGGAGUACGCCCGAGCCUGCGCGCACCAGGGCGUCGUGCUGUACGGCUGGACUGAGCACAGCACCUGCCGACUGGCGUGCCCAGCUGGCAUGGAGUAUAAGGAGUGUGUGUCCCCUUGUACCAGAACCUGCCACAGCUUGCACAUCAAUGAAGUGUGUCAGGAGCAAUGCGUGGAUGGCUGCAGCUGUCCUGAGGGUCAGUUCCUUGAUGAAGGACACUGUGUGGAGCGUGCAGAAUGUUCCUGUGUGCAUUCGGGGAAGCGGUAUCCUCCAGGUUCCACCCUCUCACAAGACUGCAACACCUGCAUUUGUCGAAAUAGCCUGUGGAUCUGCAGCAAUGAAGAAUGCCCAGGUGAGUGUCUGCUCACAGGACAAUCCCAUUUCAAGAGCUUUGACAACAAGUACUUUACCUUCAGUGGGAUCUGUCAGUACCUGCUGGCCCAGGACUGCCAGGACCACUCCUUCUCAAUCAUCAUAGAGACUGUCCAGUGUGCUGAUGACCCGGAUGCCGUCUGCACCCGCUCAGUCAGCGUCCGGCUGCCUCACCUGUACAACAGCCUCGUGAAGCUGAAGCAUGGGGGAGGCAUCGCUAUGGAUGGCCAGGACGUCCAGCUACCCUUCCAGAAAGGUGACCUCCGCAUCCAGCCCACUGUGAUGACCUCUGUGCACCUCAGCUAUGGGGAGGACCUGCAAAUGGACUGGGAUGGCCGCGGGGGGCUGCUGGUGAAGCUGUCACCUGCCUACACUGGGAAGACCUGUGGCCUGUGCGGGAAUUACAACAGCAACAAGGGCGAUGACUUCCUCACUCCUUCAGGCUUGGUGGAGCCCCUGGUGGUGGACUUCGGGAACUCCUGGAAGCUGCACGGGGACUGCCAAGAUCUGCAGAAGCAGGACAGCGAUCCCUGUAACCUCAACCCGCGCUCAACCAGAUUUGCAGAAGAGACAUGCUCAGUGCUGACGUCCUCCAAGUUUGUGGCUUGCCACCAUGCUGUCAGUCCACAGCCCUACCUGCAAAACUGCCGAUAUGAUGUCUGCUCCUGCUCAGAUGGCAGAGACUGCCUGUGUAAUGCAGUGGCCAGCUAUGCCUCAGCCUGUGCCCGGAAAGGCGUGAACAUCGAAUGGCGGGAACCCGGCUUCUGUGCACUGAGCUGCCCUCAGGACCAGGUGUACCUGCAGUGUGGGGUUCCCUGCAAUCUGACCUGCCGCUCUCUCUCUUACCCGGAUGAGGAAUGCAAUGAGGUCUGCCUUGAAGGCUGCUUCUGCCCCCCAGGACUCUACCUGGAUGAUAGGGGGGACUGUGUGCCCAAGGCCCAGUGCCCCUGCUACUAUGAUGGCGAGAUCUUUCAGCCUGAAGAUGUCUUCUCAGACCAUCAUACCACAUGCUAUUGUGAGGACGGUUUCAUGCACUGCACUACAAGUGGCUCCCCAGGAAGCUGGCUGCCAGAGUUUGCCCUCAGCAGUCCUCUAUCUCACCGCAGCAAAAGGAGCCUGUCCUGCCGACCCCCCAUGGUCAAGUUGGUGUGUCCCGCUGACAACCCACGGGCCGAAGGGCUAGAGUGUGCCAAAACCUGCCAGAACUACGACCUGGAGUGCAUGAGCAGGGGCUGUGUGUCCGGCUGUCUCUGCCCCCCGGGCAUGGUCCGACAUGAAAACAGAUGCGUGGCCUUGGAAAGGUGUCCCUGCUUCCAUCAGGGCAAAGAGUAUGCUCCAGGAGAAAUGAUGAAGAUUGACUGCAACACUUGUGUCUGUCAGGACCGGAAGUGGAACUGCACGGACAAUGUGUGUGAUGCCACAUGCUCCAUGAUGGGCAUGGCCCACUACCUCACCUUUGAUGGGCUCAAGUACAUGUUCCCCGGGGAGUGCCAGUACGUCCUGCUGCAGGAUUACUGUGGUGACAACCCUGGGACCUUCCGGAUCCUGGUGGGGAAUGAGGGUUGUGGCUACCCCUCAGUUAAAUGCAAAAAGCGGAUCACCAUCCUGAUUGAAGGAGGAGAGAUUGAACUCUUUGAUGGGGAGGUGAAUGUGAAGAGGUCCAUGAAGGAUGCGACUCACUUUGAGGUGGUGGAGUCUGGUCGAUAUGUCAUUCUGCUGCUGAGCAGAGCACUCUCUGUGAUCUGGGACCACCGCCUGGCCUUCUCAGUCAUCUUGAAGCAGACAUACCAGGAUAGAGUAUGUGGCCUGUGUGGGAAUUUUGAUGGCAUCCAGAACAAUGACUUCACCAGCAGCAGCCUCCAAGUGGAAGAAGACCCUGUGGACUUUGGAAAUUCCUGGAAAGUGAACCCGCAAUGUGCUGACACCAGAAAAGUGCCGCUGGACUCCUCCCCUGCCACUUGCCACAACAAUCUCAUGAAACAGACGAUGGUGGAUUCCUCCUGCAGGAUCCUGACCAGUGACAUUUUCCAGGACUGCAACAAGCUGGUGGACCCUGAGCCGUACCUGGAUGUCUGCAUUUAUGAUACCUGCUCCUGUGAAUCCAUCGGGGACUGUGCCUGCUUCUGUGACACCAUUGCUGCUUACGCCCAUGCAUGCGCCCAGCAUGGCAGCGUGGUGACCUGGAGGACGGCCACAUUGUGCCCCCAAAACUGCGAGGAGAGGAACCUGCGGGAAAGUGGGUACGAGUGUGAGUGGCGCUACAACAGCUGUGCCCCUGCCUGCCCUGUCACUUGCCAGCACCCGGAGCCACUGGCUUGCCCCGUGAAGUGUGUGGAGGGCUGUCAUGCACACUGCCCUCCCGGAAAGAUUCUGGAUGAGCUUUUGCAGACCUGCAUUGACCUCAAGGACUGCCCUGUAUGCGAGGUGGAUGGCCGGCGCUUACCCCCAGGAAAGAAAGUCACCUUGAACCCCAAUGAUCCUACACGCUGCCAGACUUGUCACUGUGAUGGUGUUAACCUGACCUGUGAAGCCUGCCAGGAGCCAGGAGGUGGUGUGCUGCCCCCUACAGAAGCUCCAGUUAGCAUCACCACGCCAUACAUGGAGGACAUCCCAGAGGCACCCCUGCAUGACCUCUACUGUAGCAAGCUGCUGGACCUAGUCUUCCUGCUGGAUGGCUCCGCCAAGCUGUCAGAGGCUGAGUUUGAGAUGCUGAAGGUCUUUGUGGUGGGCAUGAUGGAGCGGCUGCACAUCUCUCAGAAGCGGAUUCGUGUGGCCGUGGUGGAGUACCAUGACGGCUCACAUGCUUACAUCGAACUCAGGGACCGGAAGCGGCCCUCAGAGCUGCGGCGCAUUGCUGGACAGGUGAAGUACGCAGGCAGCCAGGUGGCUUCCACCAGUGAGGUCUUAAAGUACACGCUGUUCCAAAUCUUUAGCAAAGCUGACCGCCCGGAAGCCUCCCGCAUUGUCCUGCUCCUGACAGCCAGUGAGGAGCCUCCGCGGAUGGCUCGGAACUUGGUCCGCUAUGUGCAAGGACUGAAGAAGAAGAAGGUUAUCGUGAUCCCGGUGGGCAUUGGGCCCCAUGCCAGCCUCAAACAGAUCCGUCUCAUAGAGAAGCAGGCACCUGAGAACAAAGCCUUUGUGUUUAGCAGUGUGGAUGAGCUGGAGCAGAGAAGGGAUGAGAUUAUCAAUUACCUCUGUGACCUGGCACCGGAAGCACCAGCCCCAACUCAGCCCCCCGACAUGGCACAGGUCACUGUGGGUCCUGGCAUCUUGGGAGUUUCGUCCCCAGAGCCCACAAGGAGCUCCCUGAUCCUGGAUGUGGUUUUUAUCCUGGAAGGGUCUGACAAGGUUGGUGAAGUCAACUUCAACCUAAUCAAGGAGUUCAUGGAGGAGGUGAUCCAGCGAAUGGAUGUGGGCCAGGACAGUAUCCGUAUCACUGUGCUUCAAUACUCAUACAUGGUCACGGUAGAGUACACCUUCAGUGAGGCACAGUCCAAGGGAGACAUCCUGCAACACCUGCGGGAGAUACGCUACCGGGGUGGCAACAGGACCAAUACUGGGCUGGCCCUAGAGUACGUCUCUGAGCACAGUUUCUCUACCAGCCAGGGGGACCGUGAGCAGGCGCCUAACCUGGUCUACAUGGUCACAGCAAACCCUGCCUCGGAUGUGAUCAGGCGGCUGCCCGGAGACAUCCAAGUGGUGCCCAUUGGAGUGGGCCCUCAUGCCAAUGUGCAGGAACUGGAGAGGAUGGCUUGGCCCAAUGCCCCCAUUCUCAUCCAGGACUUUGAGACUCUUCCCCGAGAGGCUCCAGACUUGGUCUUGCAGAGAUGCUGCUCUGGGGAGAGACCGGGGAUCCCCACCCUCUCACCAGCCCCAGACUGCAACCAGCCGCUGGAUGUGAUUCUUCUCCUGGAUGGCUCUUCCAGUGUUCCAGCUCCUUACUUUGAGGAAAUGAAAAGUUUCGUCAAGGCUUUCAUCUCCAAAGCCAAUAUAGGGCCCCGUCACACUCAGGUAGCAGUACUGCAGUAUGGCAGCAUCACCACCAUCGAUGUGCCCUGGAAUGUGGCCCUGGAUCGUGCCAACUUCAUGAACUUCGUGGACCUCAUGCAGCAGGAGCAUGGCCCCAGCCAGAUUGGGGAUGCUUUGGGCUUUGCUGUGCGAUAUAUAACAUCAGAAGUCCAUGGUGCCAGGCCUGGAGUCUCCAAGGCAGUGGUCAUCAUAGUGAUGGAUGUCUCCAUGGAUUCAGUGGCCACAGCAGCUGAUGCCGCCAGGUCCAACCGAGUGACAGUGUUCCCUAUUGGAAUUGGGGAUCGGUAUGAUGUGUCCCAGCUGAGGAUGUUGGCUGGCCCAGAGGCUAGCUCCAAUGUGGUAAAGCUCCAGCGGAUUGAAGAUCUUCGCACCAUGAUAACCCUGGACAAUUCCUUCUACCACAAGCUGUGCUCUGGGUUCAUUAGAGUUUGCAUGGAUGAGGAUGGGAAUGAGAAGAGGCCUGGGGACACCUGGACCUUACCAGAUCAAUGCCACACGGUCACCUGCCUGCCAGAUGGCCAGACUUUGCUGCAGAGUCAUCGGGUUAACUGUGACCGGGGGCCAAGGCCUUCAUGUUCCAACAGUCAGUCUCCCAUUAAGGUGGAAGAGACCUGUGGUUGCCGCUGGACCUGUCCCUGUGUGUGCAUGGGAAGCUCGACCCGGCACAUUGUGACCUUUGAUGGACAAAAUUUCAAGCUGACUGGCAGCUGUUCCUAUGUCCUAUUUCAAAACAAGGAGCAUGACCUGGAAGUGAUUCUUCAUAAUGGUGCCUGCACCCCUGGGGCACGGCAGACAUGCAUGAAAUCCAUUGAGGUGAAGCACGAUGGCCUCUCAAUUGAGCUCCACAGCGACAUGGAGGUGACUGUUAAUGGGAGACUAGUAUCUGCCCCUUACAUAGGUGGGAACAUGGAAGUCAAUAUUUAUGGUGCCAUCAUGCAUGAGAUCAGAUUCAACCAUCUUGGCCACAUCUUCACAUUCACUCCACAAAACAAUGAGUUCCAGUUACAGCUUAGUCCCAAGACCUUUGAUUCGAAGAUGUAUGGUCUCUGUGGAGUCUGUGAUGAGAACGGGGCCAAUGACUUCAUGCUGAGGGAUGGCACAGUUACCACAGACCAGAGGAUCCUCAUCCAGGAAUGGACCAUUCAACAGCCAGGGCAAACAUGCCAGUCCGUUCCCGAGGAGAAGUGUCCUGUCUCCAGUGAUACUCAUUGCCAGAUCCUCCUCUCAACAGUGUUUGCGGAGUGCCACAAGGUCCUUGCUCCAGCCACAUUUUAUGAUGUUUGCCAGCAGGAGAGUUGCCACCGGGAGCAAGCGUGUGAGGUGAUUGCUUCUUACGCCCACCUCUGUCGGACUAAUGGGAUCUGUGUUGACUGGAGGACAACUGAUUUCUGUGCCAUGUCUUGUCCAUCCACCUUUAUCUACAAGCACUGUGAACAUGGCUGCCCCCAGCACUGUGAGGGCAAUACCAGCUCCUGUGAGGACCAUCCCUUAGAAGGCUGCUUCUGCCCCCCACACCAAGUCCUGCUGGAAGGCAACUGUGUCCCCAAGGAGGCCUGCACCCAGUGUGUCAGUGAGGACGGAGUCCAGCACCAGUUUCUGGAAACCUGGGUUCCAGACCACCAACCUUGUCAGAUCUGCAUAUGCCUGAGUGGGCGAAAGGUCAACUGCACCUCACAGCCCUGCCCAACAGCCAGAGCUCCUACAUGUGGCCCGUGUGAAGUGGCCCGCCUCCGCCAGAGUCAAGACCAGUGCUGCCCAGAGUAUGAGUGUGUGUGUGACCUGGUGAACUGUGACUUGCCCCCAAUGCCUCACUGUGAAGGUGGCCUCCAGCCAACACUGACCAAUCCUGGCGAGUGCAGACCCAGCUUCACGUGUGCCUGCAGGAAGGAGGAGUGCAGACAGGAGCCCCCACCUGCCUGCCCCCCACACCGGACACCAACCCUUCAGAAGACCCAGUGUUGUGAUGAGUAUGAGUGUGUUUGCAAUUGUGUCAACUCUACAGUGAGCUGCCCUCUGGGAUAUCUGGCCUCAGUCAUCACCAAUGACUGUGGUUGUAGCACAACCACCUGCCUCCCUGACAAGGUGUGUGUCCACCGAGGUACCAUCUACCCUGUGGGCCGGUUCUGGGAGGAGGGCUGUGAUGUGUGCACCUGCACCGACAUGGAGGAUGCUGUAAUGGGCUUGCGUGUGACCCAGUGCUCCCAGAAACCCUGUGAAGAGGGUUGUAGGUCGGGCUUCACUUAUGUUCUCCAUGAAGGUGAGUGCUGUGGAAGGUGCCUGCCGUCUGCUUGUGAGGUGAUGGCCGGCUCACCGAGGGGAGACUCCCAGUCUUACUGGAAGAGUGUUGGCUCUCAGUGGGCCUCCCCCGAGAACCCCUGUCUCCUCAACGAGUGUGUACGUGUGAAGGAGGAAGUCUUUGUGCAACAGAGGAAUGUCUCCUGUCCCCAGCUCGAUGUCCCCAUCUGCCCCACAGGCUUCCAGUUGAACUGCAAGACCCCUGAGUGUUGCCCCACCUGUCGCUGCGAGCCCGUGCAGGCCUGUGUGCUCAAUGGCACCAUCAUUGAGCCCGGGAAGAGUCUGAUGAUCGAUGUGUGUACAAAUUGCCACUGCACCAUCCAGGCUGGUGUCAUCUCAGGGUUCAAACUGGAGUGCAGGAAGACCACCUGCAAGGACUGCCCACUGGGUUACAGGGAAGAGAAGACCCAAGGUGAGUGCUGUGGAAGAUGUCUGCCUAUGGCGUGCACCAUUCAACUAAGAGGAGGACAAGUCAUGACUCUACAGCGUGAUGAGACAUUCCAGGAUGGCUGUGAUAGUCACUUCUGCAAGGUCAAUGAGAGAGGAGAGUACAUCUGGGAGAAGAGGGUCACUGGCUGUCCACCCUUUGAUGAGCACAAAUGUCUGACUGAAGGAGGGAAAAUCACGAAAAUUCCAGGCACUUGCUGUGACACAUGUGAGGAGCCCGAAUGCAAAGAUAUAAUUGCCAGGCUGCAGUAUGUCAAAGUGGGAGAUUGUAAGUCUGAAGAGGAAGUAGACAUUCAUUACUGCCAGGGAAAAUGUGCCAGCAAAGCCGUGUACUCCAUUGACGUUGAGGAUGUGCAGGACCAAUGCUCCUGCUGCUCACCAACUCGGAUUGAGCCCAUGCAGGUGCCCCUGCGCUGCGUCAAUGGCUCUGUGGUAUACCAUGAGGUCCUCAACGCCUUGCAGUGCAAGUGCUCCCUCAGGAAGUGCAGCAAGCUCCCGCCGCCUUGA